CAAGUUCAACAUAAAAGAAAUAGAAGUAGACCAAGAAACACACAAUAAACGGGAGGAAGCAAAAGGCAAAAACAACAUACAACAAUAAUAUAUAUAUUUAAGAGAACUAAAAAAAGAAAUCAAGUGCAUUGUUAAGAUUAAUUAUAAUUAAAACUGAGAUUUUUCUUUUCGUUGACAUUUGGAACGAAUUUAAAUUGUAAUAAAAAAAUACAAAAAAUGUGGAAAAAAUUAAUGAUAACAUUAUUAAUAGUUACCUUGAGCAUAAGCUAUUGCCAGGCGGGUAGUGUGCGAGGCCGUUCAAGUGGUUACAGCUCAAAACGUACAUACUAUGGCUCCCAACAGCAACCCGUACAACCCACUCAAGCACCCGCCAUUACACCCAAAGAAUAUUUAGACAAAAAAUCAGGCUUUUCCACCUUUGGCAUUAUAGCCAUUAUAUUUGUAGUGAUUGUUAGCUGUUUAGCCUUUUACUAUGGCAUCAUGUGCUAUCCAUUCCUGUGUCGAGAUGAAAAGAAAUAUCGUUUUAUGGAUGUUUCUUCCACCAUAACAGCAGCCACCUCACGCUCCAUACAAUCAAUGGAAAAUUAUCCGGCUGAUGAAAAACAUGGUCAGAUAAAUGAUGUACAUAAUUUUAAAUAAGUUUCCGAAUGAAUGAGGGUAACUGAGGGAGGCAGUUUAAGUAAGCUUACUAUCAAAUAAGCAACAGAGUAAGACAUUUAUUAAACCUUCAAUAAUUUCUAUUAUAUUUUACUUAUAUUUAUGUGUAGUUAGUUUUAAGCAGAGAUUCCUUAUACUUUUCUUAAAAUUCUCAAAAUGUAAAAACAAUAACAGCUAAUAGUUUUAGCUCUAGCACAUACAGACAACCAUAACUGUGGCCAUAAUUUUGUUUGUAAAAUUUAUCAAUGAUUUCCCCAUUUUAAAAACUUUUUUACACAAAGAUCAGAUCAAACAAGUAAAAUAGAUUUCCUUGCUAGUUUAGCAAACUCCAUAUACACUGCCCUUAUUUGUAUUUUUCCUGUUAAAUUUGUACUACAAGUAAUUUUCUCUUUAAUCAUCUUAUUUUGCGUUGCAUACCUCUAUUACUAUAAAAGACCUUAGCCAACGAAAACCCUCACAAACAUCACAAUCAGUUUCAAUCUCUAACUAUAAUGUUCACUGCUUAAUUUUCCCUUAAGCCAUCACUUUGAUUUCUUUAGCUUGUUUGCCUGUCUGUCUGUUCGAAUACGUCUUUUAUAUAUGUAAACGUGGUUUAAAUCAGUGUGUCUUUCUGUUCUUCUUUUUUGGUUUCUGCUUAUAACCAAUCAUUUCUUGUUUGUA